CCAUCCGCCAAGCCAACGCUGCGCGUUGGCCACACCUCCCGCCAUGGCGGGGUAUGGCUCUUCGGUGCCACCGGUGGAGGCCUUCCGCCGUCCACCGGAGGAAACGGUGCAAUGCACCCAUUUGGAUGCGGCGAUGGCCAAGGCCUCUUGCGCUAAGUUGGGGUACUUUCAUGAUCCGUACACCGACCAGCUGAUCCGCUCGCGCUCCACGCAUUCCUCGCCGCUGAUCCACCGCGGCUACUGGUCGCGCGUCGAGGCGAUCCGCUCCACCGUGCUGCGGUUCCUGCAGCGCGCGCCCGCAGGUGGAGUGCAGGUGGUCAACCUGGGUGCAGGCUUCGACACCUUGUACUUUUGGCUCCGGGAGGAUCCACAACGCUGGCGCGAGGACUUGGUCUACUUCGAGGUGGACUUCCCCGAAGUGCUCAGCAAGAAGAUCAGCGCCAUUAGCCGUCGGCAAAACCUGUGGCCUAUGUUGGACGUCACCUCUAUGGAGGAGCUCACGACCCGUAGCUCCACCGGCCUGCGAGAAAUCCGCACGAAGCACUGCCGCAUGGUCCAGGCAGACAUGCGCAUUACUUCGGAGCUCCAGCAAGCCAUGGACGUGGGUUUCCGUCCGGAUGUGCCGACCCUGUUCAUCGCGGAGUGUGUGCUGGUCUACAUGCAAUCCAUGCACGGCGACGGCAUCAUCGAUUGGGCCGCCAAAGCAACAACAGCACCCUCUGCUAUGGUCAUUUAUGAGCAAACGAAUCCGCAUGAUCGCUUUGGAAAGGUCAUGGUGAAGAACUUGGCGGAGCGCGGAUGCCCCUUGCUGUCGGUCUUCGAUUACCCGUCCAUGGAGGCUCAGAAGACACGGUUCCUGGAAAGAGGAUGGAGCAAAUGCUCAGUGGCGGAUAUGAACGAGAUCUACAGUCGGCACUUGGAUCAGUCCGAAGUGGAACGUAUUCAAAAGCUGGAGCUCAUGGAUGAAUUCGAAGAGUGGCACCUUAUUCAAGGGCACUACUUUGUUCUGGUGGCGAGCAAGGGCGAGGAUGGCUGGGUGCAGAGUGUAAGUCUCUUGGAGAAGGGUGUCGAGGAGAACUGAGGUGUCGUGGUCCUUUGAGGAGCUCUGGCUAUGGACUCCAUGGACUUGGUACUAAAGAAUUGUGCUGUGGGUUC